UCUUCUCUUCUUCCUCGUGGCCCUGCCUCUUUUCAUUCGUUUCCUCCUCCUCCAACUUCCGUUAGUCUAAUUCUAGAAGGGACUGCAGAAAACAGCGAUGGUGGUAUAGUGGUGAGCAUAGCUGCCUUCCAAGCAGUUGACCCGGGAUCGAUUCCCGGCCAUAGCAGAUUUUUCUUAUGCGGACAGGAGGAAUGAUUAUGAGGUUACCAACACCGAAAAGUGUUUCGCGCUCUAUAAGUCACGUGUCACUGGUAAAUCCAGAGGAAGAGGAAGAGAAACUAUCUUUUGAAUCCAUUUUAACGGCAGAGCAGAAGGAGAGGACGUGGCCCAGAAGACUCAACACCUUUACUAUUAGGAAGCAGAGGAACAUGCUGAAUGAAAGACAGAGACUUCCAAGAAGUCAGAGACUGAAUGAAGUCCAGAAGAUGAGCGGUCGUGUGGAGGAAGACGAGGACACAGCAGAGUCUCCAGGACCCAGCGGUCUGUCUGUGAAGUCCAAUGCAUCUAUGUCCUUCCCUAUGCACUUCAGUAAUGAACCUGGAACCUCAGAUACAAAACUGAAUGAAGUCCAGAAGAUGAGCGGUCGUGUGGAGGAAGACGAGGACACAGCAGAGUCUCCAGGACCCAGCGGUCUGUCUGUGAAGUCCAAUGCAUCUAUGUCCUUCCCUAUGCACUUCAGUAAUGAACCUGGAACCUCAGACACAAAAGACCAGUUUGCUGUUUCUGUGGACAAGCAGACGUCCCACUGUCGUCUGUGUCAGGACAUCCUGAAGGAUCCAGUCUCCACCAGCUGUGGUCACUGGUUCUGCAGACACUGCAUCUCCUCAUACAGGGACCAGUCUUGUCCACCAGAAGAUUCCUGCUGUCCCCAGUGUGGACUGAGACCAGGACAUGGACCACAGACACAGAGUAAGACAGAACAUGUGUCUGCUGAUGUCUUCACUCCUGAAAACAGGACUUGUUCUGUCUAGAACUCUUUUGUCCAUAUUUAAGAUGAUGAUAAAUAAGCAGAAAAGGAAAAACUAAACAUACGACAUAUGACGUAAAGAGCAUGUGACAAAACAGAUUAUUCACAUGUGUUCUUCAUCACGUUCAUAAAGAGAGCAGCUCCUGUCAGUGCCAGCAGAACAACAAACUUAGAAAAUGAAGGUUCAUUUCAUGUUAAUGAAAGUGAUGAUGAAGAUGAUUCAGUUUAAUCCUCUGCUGCCCCCUACAGGUUGAACAGAGGAUUGUUUUUCCAGCUUUUAUAUUAUUGUUGUUUUACACUUUCCUUCACAAUCACUGUAGAAUGAUUCAGUCUUUCAGAAUAAAGUUAUUUUACUCAUUUGCUGAAAAUUACACCAAACAACACAACAAUAUCACAUAAAGAUGUGACAU